CGCCCCACUCGGCGGCCGCUGCUGCUUUGGAUUCUGCUGCCGCUGCUGCAAUGCAUCAAGUUUCGCUGCGCCCUCCCCCCCCCGACAGGCGCACGCUUUGAUUCAUUCCCAGCCGCCCUCUCCAGCAGCAGCAGCAGCGGGAGCUAGCAAGCCAAAGCCUUUCGCCGCCAGCCCCGGCUCUGCCGCAGCGGUGCGCGCCGCCGGGGAAGGCUGGGAGAGGCGAAAAGGGGCGAAUCGCCGCGUCGCAGCCCCCCGUUGGAAAAGGAGGGAGGGAGAGAGAAGAAGGGAAGAAAGGAGGGUCAUCCGGGCAGCGUCUUAUUCCACACCCGGCCCUGAUCCCUCAGCAGCAGCAGGCAGUCGGGCAGAUAUUUCCAAAAUCGAUUCCUUCUCUCUCCCACCCAGUCCUACCGGCGACAGGAAGAGAUUUUAAGACUGGAGAUCGUUCCCUCCCAAGUGCAGCGCAGGAAUGGGCUGCCGAUGCACCGCUCACCAGCCAUGGAUCCGGCCCGCUUGAGUCCCGAGCAGGCACCUGCCCGUUGGGGCGGAUAGCUCCUCCUUGCGCUCGCGGGGAGGACGCUUCACCAAUCGGGCUGAGCUGACUGGCUAGGUCGGGGUGUGUGUUUGCCUGUGUGUGCGUGCUUUAAUGUGCCCUCCGCGGUGAAAGACUAACGAUGCUAAUUCGGAAGGUACUCCGGGUUUAGGACCUCGGAUGAUAUCAAGGCGGCUUGCAGCAAGCGGACCCGCGGAAGGGCCGUGAGCGUCUGAAGCCUGGUCGGUGGACCUUGAAGCCAGAGGACGCGGCUCCUGUAACCAAGAGGACCUUUUAAAAAAUUAAAUAAAAUCUUGGGCUGGAGAUCUAAAGCUCCGGACACGAGGCUUGCGGGAUCCGCGGUAGGACAAUCCACCCCGAAACAGGCUUCGACAGGUACCGGCUUGGGGAAGAGAGCAACGAAGGGAUCCCAUUCCCCUAUCUCCUGCACUCUUUCUAGGCCCCUCCCAACUUUUAUGGAUCCUCCAGCCGGCCGCCUUUUGCGCUUCUCUCUGUCCCCGGCUUGGUCCCCUCGCAGCAUCGCGGCGAAAGGGGCAGCCGUCGGGGCAACUACCAAGGGAGCGCCCCCUGCCGCUGUCGUCCGCUCCGGGGCCGAGCGGCAUCAACUAUCCGAGGCAGAAUCAGGUGCAUCCGGCUGGGACAUUCCAAGACGCGCUUGGGUUUUCUCUGGCGGGCGCUGAGCUAAGCCCCGGGCUAUAAAUACCCUCCCUGGAAGAUUCUUCCCAAGGAUCGGCUGUCUGUUGACCGCAAGAGGUUGCUCCGAAGGGCGGGAGGAGCCCAGCACUGUGUCUCCCCCCCCCAGGCCGGGAAGGGCGCGCAUCCUGGAUCUGAACCCCCCAGCAUGGCUAUCCAGCGCCCCAUCUCGCUCCUGUUAUGCCUUGCCCUGGUGACAUUGUGCCAGGGUGGCUGUGUGGAGGUGGACUCGUACACUGAGGCUGUGGUCGGGAAGACCUUCCAGAUCUUGUGCAUCUCAUGUAAGAAGCGCAGCGAGACGGAAGCUGAGGCAUUCACCGAGUGGUACUUCAGAGAGAAGGAAGCAGAGGAGUUCGUCAAGAUUCUUCGCUAUCACCCAGAUGAGCAUCUCACCGUGUAUGACCCUCACUUUGUGGACCUGGUUCACUGGAAUGGCACCAAAAACAUCCGGGACUUGCAGGAUCUUUCCAUCUUCUUGCUUAACGUGUCCUAUGAUCAUAUGGGCGAGUACGUCUGUACUGUAAACCGCACUCUCUUUUAUCCAGGGGACUUCACACAUAACAUCAUGGUCAACAAGACCAUCCAUGUUGAGGUGGUAGACAAAGCAAACCGGGAAAUAGCUUCCAUCGUUUCUGAGAUCAUGAUGUACGUUCUCAUCGUUGUGCUGACCAUCUGGCUAGUGGCUGAGAUGAUCUACUGCUACAAGAAGAUUUCAGCGGCAACGGAAGCAGCUGCUCAAGAGAAUGCCUCCGAGUACUUGGCCAUCACAGCGGAAAGUAAGGAAAACUGUACAGGGGUGCAAGUAGCUGAAUAGCCCUUGCAGGGCCGUCGGUGGGCACAGGGAUUCCUGGCUGGCAGGAAGGAGGCUUGACCUAGGAGUGGAGGAGAGGAAGAAUGACUCAGCAAAGGCAUCAGCAGCCCCUGAGAAGACUAGAUCUGGAGCCAAGCAGGCCCUCCCCCACCCCACUGCACGGCCUUUUUUCCUUAACUAAGCAUGCUAUUUUUAAUAACAAGAGCUCUGUAUUUGACCCAGCCAUCCAGGGACAGAUGCACGUGUUUCAUAAAGGGAAGGGGUUGGUUUGUUCCGGCAGGCACCUUGCUCUUUUUUUUAGACACAUCCUUUCACCUUCUGGCGAGCAAGAGUCGCCCCUGCUGCAGUGCAUGAGGAGACAGUGGCAUGGCUGCUUGCCCACACAUGAUGCAAAGCUUGGGGCCCCUUUCCCUGCUGUGGCUCUGCUGUGCCAGCCCAAGGCCUCUUUCCUUUCCAAGCACCUGCACUUGCGCUUUCUGAUUUUUUGCACAUUUUCUGCGCUUUGAGGUUCUUUUUCCUGGUUACUUCGCUACCAGCACUUUCUUUGGGUCUGAGGAGAGGAGGCUCCUGUGGUUGGAAUUGCCUGCCCCCCAUCCUUCUCCCUUACAUGUCAUGAGUUAGGCCUCUACCUUGAUCUUUUUGCUCCCAGUGUAACCACAGCCAGCAGCGAAUUGGAGUGGAAGAAGGUAUUCAAGAUGGCCACUGCCUAAGGCCUGAUCUACAGAGAGGACAUUAAGAUGGGGACACUAGGUUUUAAUGAGUGAUUAGCUUGGAUAGGUGAAUAUCUGAUACGGAUAUAUGAACUCUGACAAUCCACACACCUAUCCUGCCAGGAGUAAGCCACGUUAUUGUCUGACAGGAUUUCCCUUAAGGCUGUCGCCCUGACAGAAGGUUUCAUUCAAGACCUCUUGCAAGAAGGGAGAUGCCACAAAAGUUGGAUUUGAAAGAGGGGCCCUUGGAUUCAGAUGUUGAUUCUUUUGCCGAGUCCGCAAAGUUUGUUACUAUUCUGCCCUUCAUUGCAUCAUGUCAAAUUUACUUCCUGAUGUUGGCCCCUGUGUUUGGUGCACACCCAGGUCCUCGUAUGAUGCCUUCAUGCCUUUUCCCUCCUCACAUGUCCCCUUCCUAGAGCCAGCGCCACCUAGUCAAGCCAUUUUGGCUCUUUUGAGAAUACUGUGCCCUUCCCUCUCCUCAGACCCCCGGGGCUGGUCCUAGGGACCAGCUGCCAUCACAAUAGAAUAGGGUUUGUUCAUAAAUAAUAAUAAAAAAGAUUGGAUUUCAGAA